AUGCCACAACGUCAUUCAUUCAUUUUCUAUAUUAGUACUUCUAUUGACAUUAGUGACUUAUCUAUUAAUUUAUCUCGUGAACAUAUUCAACAAACAUUGAUAAAUAUCGGACAACAAAAUGCAGCUACUAUCGUCAAUUAUCUUAGUAGAUGCACAGUUGAAUGUUCAAUUUUCUCACUGCCUUUUGCAUUUGAUUAUAUGAGACAUCUUGGCAAUAUAUUUCCAAAUAUUAUAUUCAAUUAUGCUACAUAUUUACUUGUGCAAGAUAAUGAUGCAUUUAUACAUGAAUUCUUCGUUCGAAUUGCCCGAUCGUUUCCAUUGUUGAAGUAUUUACGUGUUUUCAAUAUCAACCUGCAGAUAUCAGUUUAUAUGAAAUUAUCAUCUGACCAUAUUCAAUGA